AGGUAUACACUAAGUGCAUAAUUUGCUUUGAGUGUAAAAAUAGGUGACUUUGCACAAAAGAAAGGAGUAUCAUAUUCAUAAUGGAAGGAAAAGUUGCUCUCAUUACAGGAUCCAGUUCGGGUAUAGGUGCUGGUAUCGCAGAGCGUUUCGCUGAGCUUGGCUGCCGUCUUGCUCUCACCGGAAGGGACGCAGAAAAACUGAAAGAUGUCGGGAAAUCAUGCUGUGAACGUGGGCUCAGCGAAAAAGAGAUUUUACUUAUUGCUGCCGAUUUGACUGAAGAUGAAGACUUAGAAAGGAUAUUUUCAAAGACAAUAGAAAAGUUUGGACGCCUUGAUAUCCUUAUAAAUAACGCAGGUCGUCCAGCUAAAGGAAGAUUUCAUGACCUGCAGAUGACCUUCUUUGAUGACGUCAUGAGGCUGAAUCUGAGAUCAGCUAUUUACCUUUCCAAGCUGGCCAUCCCAUAUUUGAAAGAAUCAAAAGGCUGCGUCGUGAACAUGUCGAGUGUUGCUUCCAAAACUACAUGCGACUACAACCCUACAUAUUCAAUAUCGAAGGUCGCUCUUGAUCAGUUCACAAAAAGCCUUGCAGUUGAACUGGGACCCUACGGCGUCAGAGUUAAUUCUCUCAAUCCUGGCGUCAUCUUAACUCCUCUCUACCGAAACCUCGGGAAGAGCGACGCCCAAGUGAUCACAUGGUCCAAGUCAAUGCAUCCCAUUGGUCGCCACGGGACUGUGGAUGAGGUCGUCAAGGCAACCGAAUAUUUGGUGUCGGAUACUUCAAGAUGUGUGACUGGUACGCUGCUUUCUAUUGACGGAGGACGCUUUCUAAUGUGA